CAAUCCAGUUUCUCUGGGGUCUUCUGCCACUUCGACAUCGCGCGUAGGUGAUGCUGACGGAUCCGUGAGGAGACGGGAUGCUAAGACACCGGCGGAUCUUACAGCUCUUGUUCCUCACUGUGUUCUGCGUCACCGCGUCCCACGCCUUUAUCGAUGGUCUCUACUGCGGCAGGGAGAGCUGUUACGAUGUAUUGGGCAUUACAAGAGACACAUCCAAGGCCGAAAUGGCGAGGGCUUAUCGACAGCUGGCAAGGAAGUACCACCCUGACAUGCACAAGACACAGGAGGCAAAGGCCAAGGCUGCCGAACGUUUCACACUUAUAGCGACUGCUUAUGAGAUUCUCAAGGAUGAUGAAUCUCGAAAAGAUUAUGAUGACAUGCUGGAUAACCCAGAGGCAAUAUACCGGCAUUAUUACCGGUACUAUCGCAAGCGCAUGGCACCUAAGGUUGACAUUCGCAUCGUCCUCGCAGUCACAAUCACAGUCAUCUCAGCCGUUCAGUAUUACGGUGCAUGGCACAGGUAUCAUGCUGCCAUCGACCAUCUCAUCACAGUGCCUAAAUACAGGCUCAGAGCCAUGGAGAUUGCCAAAAAGGAAGGGUUGUUUAACCCAAACAAGAAAAAGGACAGGAGAAGAAAAGAAGAGAUAAAGGAGGAAGAGGAGAACACACUCAAGCGCAUCCUGGAGGAGCAGGUAGACAUCCGGGGCGGCUACAGCAAGCCGACAGUGCGGCACGUGCUCUGGGUCCAGCUGGUGCUGCUGCCCUACACGGUGGGCAGCUACCUCUGGUGGCAGGCCCGCUGGCUGAUAAAGUUCAACCUGCGAGGCGAGGAGCUGGGCCUGCCCGAGAAAGAGUACCUCAUCCGACGCCAGAUGGCGCUCUCCCAGUCCCAGUGGGACGCCCUCGAGGAGCGCGAUCGGCAGGGCUUCUUCCGCGACGAGCUGUGGAUCUCCGAGAACUUCAAGGUGUGGAAGCAAAAGCAGGAGGACGAGAUGAAAGCCAAGCUUGCGGAAAGCGCCCGGUACAAAAGUUACCGGCGGUACAUGAAGAACCAUGGCCCUGGGCAGAUCACUUUCGAAGACUGAGCCCGGAUUAGGGCAAUAAAUUAUUUUUACGUUUUU